AUGACAGGACACAAAUCCAGUGUAAAAGAGGCAUUACGGCACUGUGCUGAUCUCUCGGCCACUCGCCGACUCUUGCUGUCUUCUGGUUUAGACAUGAAGAUUUGUUUUGCUCCGGCUGAUGUGCCUCUGGUUAGGAGGAUCCAGACUGCUGUCGUACUGCAGUGGGUCUUCUCUUUCCUGGCGCUCGCCCCCAUCUGUAUUAUACUGUUCCUCUUGCUACUCUUCACUCGUUUCUGGCUAAUCAGCGUGCUUUAUGCCAUCUGGUGGUACAUCGAUUGGGACACACCUUCACGAGGAGGUAGAAAAGUGCCCUUUCUGUGUCGAAUGCGCGUAUGGGAGUAUAUGAGAGAUUAUUUCCCUAUAAAGCUGGUGAAGACAGCUGAUCUGGACCCUAGGAAGAACUAUGUGCUGGGUUUCCAUCCUCAUGGUGUUCUUGUGGCUGGUGCAUUUACAAAUUUCUGCACAGAGGCGACAGGUUUUAGCAAACUCUUCCCUGGGCUGAGAUACAACCUUCUCAUGCUGCCUCUCUGGUUCAGAGCCCCCUUCUUCAGAGACUACAUUAUGUCUGCAGGCCUGGUUCCAUCGGACAAGGAGAGUGCCAGCUAUCUACUCCGGCGGAAGGGAGGUGGGAACGUUGUGGUCAUUGUAGUUGGCGGUGCCCCUGAGGCUUUGGAUGCCCAUCCUGGUGACUACACUGUUCACCUGGCCAAUAAGAAGGGCUUCAUUAAGCUUGCAAUAGAGCAUGGUGCAGAUUUGGUUCCUAUAUACUCAUUUGGAGAAAACGAGGUAUUUGAUCAGGUGGAGAACCGCCGAGGCACCUGGCUGCGAUAUAUUCAAGAGCGCCUGCAAUGCAUUAUGGGCAUUUCUCUGCCUCUCUUCCACGCACGAGGAGUUUUCCAGUACAGCUUCGGCCUAAUGCCCUACAGAAAACCCAUCAACACUGUUGUGGGUAGGCCAAUUCCAGUAGAGAAAAACAAGAAACCAACGGCAGAAGAACUGGACGUGUUUCACCAGCGCUACAUGGACGAACUCAGCCGCCUGUUUGAGGAACACAAAGGAAAUUAUGGAGUAGCUGAAGAUUCUCACCUGCUGUUCCAGUGA